AUGGAUUCCCUGAAUUUCAUCUUCAUCCUCUUCGUCUCUAUCACUCUCUACUCUCCUCCGCAGGCUUUUACUUUAGCGCAGUCAGUACAACUCUCCGAUCAAACUUCAUCGCCAUUCUCCGUCGCCCUCGACAAUCUCCAGAGUCAAAUCAACUAUACAUUUGAGAACAUUGGAUUAUUGCGGCGUGCGAUGACUCAUGCAUCAUAUUCAGAAGAGAACAACAAGGCGUUGAGUGUGUUGGGAGGCAGAUUGAUUGAGGCUUCUGUUGCACUUCAAUUGUUAACCAAGAAUGUGGAUAUUUCAUCUAAGGAGUUGAGCGGGCGGAUAGUGGAGAUAGAUAAUGUCAUUACUUCAUGUGCUGUGGAUGGAACUCACCUUGGGUUGCAGAAGAUAGUUAGAGUUUCGUCCAAGACCAGUUCCACGGCUCCUGCUGUGGUAUGUGGUGCUUUUCGUGCAAUAUUUGGGGCAAUUGCAGUGGAUACUGGGAGUUUAGAUGACGCCAGAAGAGUGUUCUGGAAAAUUCAUGUGGGAGGAGUUGGGAGAGCCGUAGAUAUGUAG